AUGAAUACCCAACGGGCGGCAUGGCGUCUGCUGAGAGGUGUCGCUACUACGCGCGGGCGUAAAUUCUCCCAAUUCUCUGGGCGUAGCGGUUCUCCAGCGCCCCCAACGGCCUCGCUCCCGAUGCCAUACAUCACAGAAGUCACAUCUGGAGGUUGGAGGACAUCCGACAUCUUUUCCAAGCUACUACAGGAACGAAUUAUCUGCCUCAACGGCGCCAUAGAUGACACCGUCUCUGCCGCCAUCGUCGCCCAGCUCCUCUGGCUCGAGUCCGACGCCCCCGAGAAACCCAUCACCAUGUACAUCAACUCCCCGGGAGGCGAGAUUAGCUCCGGGCUGGCAAUCUACGACACCAUGAGCUACAUACAGUCGCCAGUAUCGACCGUCUGCGUCGGGGCGGCCGCGAGCAUGGCUGCCAUCCUGCUACUGGGCGGCGAGGCCGGCAAGAGAUACGCGCUGCAGCACAGCUCCGUCAUGGUGCACCAGCCGCUGGGCGGGACCAAGGGCCAGGCUUCUGAUAUUCUCAUCUACGCGAACCAAAUCCAGCGGAUACGCGGGCAGGUUAACGAGAUCGUGAGGAGGCACCUGAACGGGGCGUUUGGAUUUGAGAAGUACGACAUACAGACCAUCAACGACAUGAUGGAGAGGGACAAAUACUUGACGGCGGACGAGGCGAAGGAGGCUGGGAUUGUGGAUAAGAUCCUGCACAAGAGGCCUUCCUCUGCGGAGAAGGUGGGCAAGGAUGAGAGUGAGGGCAGCCAGGACUGA